UUUGACAAGUGUAAUAAGGGAAACUGAGGCAGAAUAAUUAACCAAGGCCAAACAACUUGAGCAAUUUAGAAUCAGUUAAUGAAUCACAAAGUUCUCCCCCUUUCCUCCAACCCUCCCAACAGAGCCGCUUAGGUCUCGGUUUCUCUUCAAUGACGUUCUUGCUGACGUUCUUUAAAAAUGAAACUAAUCUCUUGAUAACAUUCUUGAGAAAUGAAACUAACCAGCCUUCACCCAGGGCGGUGAGUGCUUAGAGUGCGGAGUGUGUGCUCCGGGCUAGGAACACGCGUUUAUUAUUUCAAAAUACGCCCCCCAAACCUUAAAAUAUCUUUUAACACCUCUCGCAAAUUACAAGACAUCCGCGUCUCCCCCGCCGGAGACUUAUAUUUUUUUCUUCCUUUUUAUAAAAUAACCCGGUGAAGCAGCCGAGACCGACCCAACCGCGGCCCUCGCAGCAGCUGCCAAAAGGAAGCGACCGAGCGACCGAGCGACCGAGCGACCGAGCGACCGAGCGACCGAGCGACCGAGCGACCGAGGCCUCAUCGCUGCGCAGACGGACACCGGCACCCUCGCUCCCCAGCCAGACACCGAGGCCGUCUCACUCCCGGGCACCCUCGCUCCCAGCGGUAGCCCACAGCCAGCGACUAGCGGCGGCGGAUCGACCCAGCUCUGCGGCUGUGGAGGAAAGGUCAUGGCCUGCGGCCCUGCAGGCAGCCUGGCUGAGAUGAAUCCCAGCGCCCCCAGCCGCUCAUCUCCCACGCUCUACGUGGGGAACCUACACCCUGACGUGACAGAGGUGAUGCUCUACGAGAAGUUCAGCCCCGUGGGACCCAUCCUAGCCGUCCGAAUCUGUAGGGACAGGGUAACCCGUCGCUCCUUGGGCUACGCUUACGUGUGCUUCCAGCAGCCAGCGGACGCGGAGCGCGCUUUGGAGACCAUGAAUUUUGAUAUUGUGAAGGGCAAACCACUUCGCAUCAUGUUGUGCCGGCAAGAUCCACCGCUUGACAAAAGUGGAGUCGGCAACAUAUUCAUUAAAAAUUUGGACAAAUCCAUUAAAAAAAAAGCACUGUAUGAUACAUUUUUUGCGUUUGGUAACAUCCUUUCCUGUAAGGUGGUUUGUGACGAAAAUCGUUCCAAGUGUUACGGAUUUGUACAUUUUGAGACAGAGGAAGCAGCUGAACGAUCUAUGGAAAAGAUGAAUGGGAUGCUUCUAAAUGAUCACAAAAUAUUUGUUGGACGAUUCAAGGCUCCUAAAGAAGGAGAAGCAGACCUUGAAGCUAAUGCAAAGGAGUUCACCGACGUUUGCAUCAAGAAUUUUGGAGAAGACAUGGAUGAUGAGCAACUUAAAGAUCUCUUUGGAAAGUUUGGACCUGUCUUGAAUGUGAAAGUAAUGGCGGAUGAAAGUGGAAAAUCCAAGGGUUUUGGAUUUGUGAGCUUCAGAAGACAUGAAGAUGCACGGAAAGCUGUGGAUGAGAUGAAUGGAAAGGAACUCAAUGGAAAACCAAUUUAUGUUGGCCAAGCUCAGAAGAAAGUGGAACGGCAGGCAGAACUUAAGCGCCAAUUCGAACAGAAGAGGCAAGAUAAGAUCACCAGAUGCCAGGCUGUUAACCUUUAUGUGGCAAAUCUUGAUGAUCAUAUUGAUGAUGAACUUCUCCGGAAAGAGUUCUCUCCAUUUGGUACUAUCACUAGUGCCAAGGUUAUGAUGAAGGGUGGUCGCAGCAAAGGGUUUGGUUUUGUAUGUUUCUCCUCAGCAAAGGAAGCCAGUAAAGCAGCUACAGAAAUGAAUGGAAGAAUUGUGGCUACCAAGCCAUGGUCUGUAGCUUUAGCUCGGUGCAAAGAAAAGUGCCAGGCUCACCUCACUAAGAAGUGUGUGCAGAGACUGACCAGUGCGACAGCUAUGCUCACCCCCCAAAUCAACCCCUACCAGCUGGCAGCUGACCCACUGACUCAGAACCCUGCUCCAUACUACCCUCCUAGCCAAACCGCUCAGCGAAGACCGAGUCCUCGCUGGACUGCUCAGGGUGCCAGACCUCGUCCAUUUCCAAACAUGCCCAGUGCUCUCCGCCCAGCUGCUCCUAGACCACCACUUAGUACUAUGAGACAAGCUUCUUCACAGGUUCCACGAGUCAUGUUCACACAGUGUACUGCUAAUACAGCAACAAAGACAGUGGGUUCACAUCCUGCAGCUGCUGCUACUUCUCCUGUCUGCAUUGUUCCACAGUAUAAAUAUGCCACAGGAGUUCGCAAUCCUCAACCUCUUAAUGCACAGCUACGAGUUACCAUGCUGCAGCUUGCUGUUCACAAACAAGGUCUGGAGACUCUGACUUCCACGUUGCCAUCUGCCUCUCCUCAAGAGCAAAAGCAAAUGUUAGGUGAGCGGCUCUUUUCUUUAAUUCAAGCCGUGCAGCCUACCCUUGCUGGUAAAAUCACUGGCAUGUUGUUGGAAAUCAAUAAUUCAGAACUUCUUCGUAUGCUUGAGUCUCCAGAGUUUCUCCUCUCUAAAGUUGAUGAAGCUGUAGCUGUACUACAAGCCCACAAACUACAAGCCCCAUUAAGAGGCUGUCCAGGAAGGAGUUAACAGUGCCACUGGUGUACCAUCUCCAGGGCCCCUUUUUUUCUGACUUCCCAAUGGGCUCGCUUCUUUCACAGUGACUUCUAUUUCUUGGAGAGCCAAAGCAGCCCCACCUAGGCUGUCUCAUGUUCCUUCUUCUGCCUUAAGCCCUUCCUUUGUUUCACUGGCCUCGUCUUUAAUAAACAUACUGUCAAAAUCA